GUCAAAUCAGGUUUGACAGACAACUAGUAAGAAUUAAUUCUAAUUCUGAAUUUCUUAGUAAUUAAUAACUAUAAGAUAUUUGUUUUAAAGUUUUAGUCCGUUUUAGGUAUAUUAAUUUUGGAGUUAAUACGUAAUCUAAUGUGUAGUCGUAGUUUAUUGCCCAGUUCAAGUAGUUAAUAAAUUAAGCAAAAAAUGGCCUCAUCAAAUACUUUACAAAAGGCAAUCGAUCUUGUCACUAAAGCUACAGAAGAAGAUAAAAACAAAAACUAUGAAGAGGCAUUGAGGCUUUACGAACAUGGUGUAGAAUAUUUCCUACAUGCUGUUAAAUAUGAAGCUCAAGGUGAAAGGGCUAAAGAGAGCAUUAGAGCAAAAUGUUUACAAUAUUUAGACAGAGCGGAAAAACUAAAAGAGUAUCUUAAAAAAGAUAAAAAGAAAAAACCCAUGAAGGCUGGAGAGUCAAACUCUAAAAGUGACGAGAAAAAAAGUGACAGUGAUAGUGAUUCUGAUGAUCCAGAAAAGAAAAAAUUGCAAGGAAAAUUAGAAGGUGCCAUUGUGGUUGAAAAGCCACAUGUCAAGUGGAGUGAUGUGGCUGGCCUUGAGGGAGCCAAAGAAGCCCUUAAAGAGGCUGUAAUCUUACCUAUUAAAUUUCCGCACUUAUUUACAGGAAAAAGAAUACCAUGGAAGGGUAUUCUUUUGUUUGGUCCUCCUGGUACUGGUAAAUCAUAUCUUGCUAAAGCAGUGGCUACUGAAGCUAACAAUUCAACAUUUUUUUCAGUCUCUUCAUCUGAUCUUGUAUCAAAAUGGCUUGGUGAAUCUGAGAAACUUGUUAAGAAUCUCUUUGAACUAGCCAGGCAACAUAAACCAAGUAUCAUCUUUAUUGAUGAAGUGGAUUCAUUAUGUUCAUCAAGAUCUGAUAAUGAAUCAGAAUCAGCCCGCCGAAUUAAAACAGAGUUUCUUGUGCAAAUGCAAGGUGUUGGUAAUGACAUGGAUGGCAUUCUUGUUCUUGGUGCUACAAAUAUACCUUGGGUUCUUGAUGCAGCUAUAAGGAGGCGAUUUGAAAAACGAAUUUACAUUACAUUGCCUGAAGAACAUGCCAGACUUGAUAUGUUCAAACUUCAUUUAGGAAACACCCGACAUGUGCUAACAGAACAAGAUAUGAAAGUGUUAGCAUCUAAAACAGAUGGGUAUUCAGGAGCUGAUAUAAGUAUUGUAGUUAGAGAUGCUUUAAUGCAACCCGUACGUAAGGUGCAGUCUGCAACACACUUCAAAAAAGUGACUGGACCUAGCCCUACAGAUCCCAAUAUUAUUGCUAAUGAUUUAUUAACCCCGUGUUCCCCUGGUGACCCUGGGGCUAUGGAAAUGACUUGGAUGGAUGUGCCAGGUGACAAAUUAGCUGAGCCACCAGUUUCUAUGUCAGAUAUGUUACGUUCCCUUGCAACAUCCAAACCAACUGUAAAUGAUGAAGAUAUGAUCAAGUUGAAGAAAUUCAUGGAAGACUUUGGUCAGGAAGGUUAAUAUUAAUUGUUAUAAAUCUUAUAAAGCACUGAGCUUAUAUUUGUAUAGCAUGCUACUUACUUUCAUAAUGUAAGUUUCUUUGCAAUUCUAAUACCUUGGCCUAUAAAAAAGAUUGUUUAAUGAAAUACAUCUUUAGAGAAUUUUAUAUUGCCUGUUAUUCUAGACUGCAAAUAAGAAUGCAGGGAAGACAAUUAUUCAAACAAAUAGAGUUUGCAAUAGUAAAUAAAAUUGAGAUAUUCAAUUUAUUGUAAAUUAUAAGACAUAUUUUUGUAAAUUAAUUCUAAAACCAUAAUGGUGGCUUAAUUAGAUAGAAGAUUUCAUGAAAGAUUUUUUCACUUCUAAUAAAAACAGCUCUUCAAGUUGUAUAUUUUUUAUAGAUUUCACAUUUCAUAGCCAAUCUUUUCUAAAGGAAUCCUGACCUUUGCUAGCUAGCUAUGUAAACCUACAAUUAUUGCUAUAAUUAAAUUUGCAAAGUUAUGACUUACAUUUAAUUACUUACAAGUACAUUCAUCAUUAGUUAUUAAGUUUCAAGAAUCAAAAAAUUAAAAACAUAGGAUGUAUGUACUAAUUUAUAUAUUAAAGGAAUUCUAUUAUUAUGUUCUAGUAGUUACAGCAAGAAUAUAUGAUUAAAAUUGUGAUUUUAUUAAGUAUGAAUUUAUGUUUCAAUUUUAAGACCAAUGUUGGAAUUAUGAGAGAUUUCAUAGAGGAUAAUUUUAUUUUUAUAAGUGAAUAAGCAUCUUAUAUGUGUAUAUCAGUAAUUCAAUUUAAUUAAAUUUUAUUUGAUGAUAACAGCAUAGUAUAUUUGUUAUAAAGGCUUUUUGAUUAAGAUUCAAAUUAUGUAUUCAAAAUAUUUUGCUGUAAUUGGAUAUAGUUUGUUGUAUUUCUUAAUUUUUUCUCAAGUGUAUCUUAACAUAGAGGUAAUUUCCUUAUUUUUAUUAAAAUAUGAUAAUAAAAAUUUGAUUUUAAAGGUU